AUGUGGGGGCAGUCCAUUUACCAUUUACCAACAUUAACGAGUGUGCCCGAGUGGACCAAGUGCAGCAGCCGUGAGAAACGCAAGGAGAAGAAGGUGGAGAAGCCGUUCUACUCGGACUCGGAGGGCGAGUCCGGGCCGACGGAGUCCGCCGACAGUGAGUCGGAUUCGGCCAGCGGCUCGGAGAGCGGCAGCGGCAGCGAGGAGAGCGGCUCGGGAUCAGAGAGCGAGGAGAGCGAGGAAGGCUCCGACUCCGAGGAAGAGGAGGAAGACGAGGAGGAGAAGAAGAAGAAGAAGAAGAAAGAAACGAAGAAGCCCGUUCAGGAGAGUGAAAGUGAGCAGAGCAGCGAGGAGGACGAGCGAAAGCACGCGCCAAAGAGCAAACAGCGGAAGAGCGAGUCGGAGUCGGACGACGACGAGGAGAGCGAGUCUGAAAGCAGCCAGUCGGAGUCCGAAGACUCCGAGUCGGAGGUGGAGGUGAAAAAGAAGAAGAAGUUGAAUCUAAACCUCCUUCGAAACCUGUGA